AUAGAUUUAAAGUUUCCAUUCCGCUUCUAUGGUCAUAAUAUCACAAAUGUUACCGUGGCAACAGGAGGAUUCUUGUACACAAGUCCAUUCUUGCAUCAAUGGUUAACAGCAACACAAUAUAUCGCCCCAUUGAUGGCUAAUUUUGAUACAAGAAAAGGUGGUGAAAACUCAGCUAUAUAUUAUGAUAGACGACGUGGGAAACACGUCAAAAAGUUGCAUAAAACUUUAAACAGUGAUUGUUAUGAUAAUUUUAUUGUACAGUGGAAAUCAGUUAAAUUAGGCGAUGAGAAUAUCACUGAGCCGUUUGAAUUUGAAGUUAUUUUAGCAAAAGACGGUACAAUUAAGUUUUUAUAUAAGACAAUACCUGUUAAUAUAAAUGAGAUCUCAGAUUCCAGUCAUCCAGUUAAAAUUGGUUUAUCAGAUGCUUUUUAUAUU